AUGGGCACCUCGUCGAGCGGGUCCCUUUCGCUCGGCUCGCCCAACACGUCGUCCGUCAUGCUGCACCAGGUCGACCACCUCCACCUCCACCGCUCGCCGCCGCGCGGCAGCGCCGACUCGUGGGGCGACGAGGACGACGACGGCGCAGGGCAGCGCGAGCGCGAGCGCAUGCUCGACCCGGCGGCGUCCUCGUAUCCGCCCAAGCACGGCGCCGCAGCGCGCUCGCCGUCGUCGCACUUUGACGACCCGCACCGCACGCCGACGACGACGACGACGACGCGCGACUACGACCACGAUGGCGCAUUUUCGCUCGGCGACGACCUCGACCUCGACAGCGACGGCUCGCCGACGUUCAGCAGCGUCGCUGACCCGUCGUCGUCGGCGCCGCGCACGCCGACGACCGCCCGCUCGCUGUACUUUGACGCGGCGUCGUCGGCUGCGGGCUCGAGCACGGGCGGCGACGCGUCGGGCACCAUGUCGCGCUCGACGUCGGCGCACUCGUUUGCGAGCGCAUCGAGCGGCGGCGGGUCGGCGACGCCCACGCUCACGGCGUCGCCCGGCGGCGGCGGCGGUGGCGGUGGCGGGAACGAGUCGGGCGGCGCGAGGGCGAGGGGCGACUCGGACGCGAGCGACGAGGGCCAGAUGCAGUUCCCGCCCAACCACGGCUCGGUCGGCGUUGACCUGUUUGCCGACCCGUACCCGCAUUCGGUCCCGCCGCCGCCACCGUCGCACUCGACGACGACGACGACGACGACGACGACGACGACGACGUCGAGCACGGCGGCCCACGAGCACGCCUACGGCGCAGACCCGUACGCCUACCCGGCCGUCGUGCGCCACAUCGACUUUGGCGCGCACGUCGGCGGCGGCGGCGACGGCGGCGGGGGAGCGGGCGCGAGCACGAGCACGAUCCACCUCCCGCCGCCGCGAGGAGGCGUCGCUGCGUUCGGGCGCGUCGGUGCCAGCGGCGGCGGCGGCGGCGGUUCGAGCGCGGGCUCGGGCUCGCCUGCGCUUGGUGCGGGCGCCGGCGGCCUGUACGCGCUCGACGACGGCGAGAGCGACGAUGGGCGCCGCGUCGGCGAGGCGCACGUGCUGCAGAUCCGGCACUCGGACUCGUUCGAGCUCGACGAGCGCGAGCGGCUGCACCUCGGCGGCGGCAGCGGCGGCGGGACGGGCGACGAGAGGAGGAGAGGCGGCGGCUUGUGGGCGCAGGGGACGCCGAGGAUCUUUGUGGGGGGCGCUGAGGGCGACGAGGAGAGCCCGGAGGAGUGGGGCGCGCAGGACGACGAGGAGGGCGGCGGGCAAGGGGGAGCUGGGCAGCAGCAAGUCGGCGGAGGGGACCAGACGGGCGUCAUCCUCGGGUGUCACAACAUCUAUCUCGUCCUGCCCCAGUUCCUCGUCACGGCCAUCUCGAGCAUCAUCUUUGCCCUCCUCGCGCCGCAACACAGCGUCCUCGGGCACCACACGCCCGCCCACCACUCGGCGUCGUCCGACACUGGGCUCGUCGGCGGCGGGACCGACGCACAGGACGGGUUCGGCGACCUCGCCGAGGAGGACGCUCAGCGGCGCGGGCUCGUCGUGCGCGCGGUGCGGGUCGUCGGCGGCGCGAUCGGCGAGGCGUUUGCGGCCAAGGUCAGGCGGCAGGGCGAGGGCGGCAGCGAGGGCGAGGGCGAGGUGGAGCUUCCUCCUGGCGGCGAGGCAGGGUGGGACGCGCUCGGCCUCAUCUUCCGCGUCGGCGGUGUCGCGGCGGCAUGCUCGGCGUACAUCUGCUUCAAAAUGUGGAAGGAGAGCCUACAAAACGAGCGACGAGCGAGGUCGGCGCAGCGGGGCUACCGCCUGACCGGCUGAGGGCCCCUGCACCAUCAUUGUCGUCUCUCUGUG